UACUCGCAGCCACAACAGAAGAGAGAGAGCUAGAGCGAGAGAAACAGAGAGACAGCAACGCAAGUCCAGAAAGAGGACACAGAGAGAGAGAGAGAGAGACAGGCAGACAGAGAGAGAGAGAGAGAGAGAGAAAAUGGGCGGGUGGGCAAUCGCUGUGCACGGCGGCGCUGGUGUGGAUCCCAAUCUCCCGAUGGAGCGUCAGGAACAGGCCAAACAACUCCUCACUCGCUGCCUCAAUCUCGGCAUCUCUGCUCUUCGUUCCGAUCUCGCCGCCAUUGAUGUUGUUGAGCUUGUUGUGAGGGAAUUGGAAACCGAUCCCUUUUUCAACUCCGGCCGUGGAUCGGCCCUCACUGAGAAAGGGACGGUGGAGAUGGAAGCCAGCAUCAUGGAUGGGCCCAAGAGACGAUGCGGGGCCGUAUCGGGCUUGACCACCGUUAAGAACCCGAUCUCGCUGGCACGUCUCGUCAUGGAGAAAUCCCCUCAUUCCUACCUCGCCUUCUCCGGCGCCGAAGACUUCGCCCGUCAACAGGGAGUUGAGCUUGUGGAAAAUGAAUAUUUCAUCACCGAGGAAAAUGUGGGCAUGCUCAAGCUAGCAAAGGAAGCCAACACCAUCUUGUUUGAUUACAGGGUUCCACUUGGAAUGGAGAGUUGCAGCUCAGGUGUGGAGAGCCCGUUGCACAUGAACGGGCUCCCCAUUAGCGUGUACGCUCCUGAAACAGUCGGUUGCGUGGUGGUGGACAACCAGGGGCACUGCGCUGCGGCCACGUCCACUGGUGGGCUCAUGAACAAAAUGACGGGCCGCAUUGGUGACUCACCCCUGAUCGGUGCUGGCACGUAUGCGGGUGACUUGUGCGGGGUCUCUUGCACGGGAGAGGGCGAGGCCAUCAUUCGCGGUACACUGGCGCGUGAGGUGGCAGCUGUGAUGGAAUACAAGGGCCUGGGCCUACAGGAGGCUGUGGACUUUGUGAUCAAAGAGAGGCUUGAUGAUGGGAAGGCCGGGCUCAUAGCGGUGUCCAACAAAGGGGAAGUAGCAUGUGGGUUUAAUUGUACUGGGAUGUUUAGGGGCUGUGCAACUGAGGAUGGGUUCAUGGAGGUUGGGAUUUGGGAGCAGUGAGGGACUUUGAAAGUGAAAAGCUUUCUGGGUUUGCUUUGGAUACUGAAAUAGUUGUAUCUAGGCUUCUCUUUCUGGAUUUGCUUUGUUGUUGGUGGUGGUGGCGUUCUGGAUACUGCAUUGCUUGUAUCUGGACAGGAGGCUCUCUACAAUCAGGAAAGGCAUGCCACAUUAGGUGUAAGUUGUAGUUUUAAGUGGGCCAUGCACUUUACUGAUAAUCUUGAAAUAAAAGCCCAGAGCAUUUUCGUAAA